AUGGGGCAAAAAAAUACAGCAUUUAUGGAUAAAGAAUCAUAUAAAAAUCGAGCAAAAAAUCAACAAAUUAAAUCAUUCGAACAACAAAAUUCAAUGUCUCAUCGUCAUUAUAUAUCAUCGGAAUCUACAAAUAAUAAUUCUAAUUUAAGUACAGCUGAGCGUUAUAUUAAUAUGCAAUCACAAAUGAUGCUUAAUCAAAAUAAUCAUCAACUAGAAAUUUCUUCUAGUGGACGUACUACUCCUUGUGCUAAUCAUGCUGAAAUUAUGCAUAAAUGGCAUAAUAGACAAGUCAAUGAAAUAUAUAAGAAUAUGCCAUAUCGAUAUCAAUAUGAAACAUCUUCAUAUUCAUCGAAGAAUUCAACGUAUCAUAAAAAUGAUAGUCAAAUAGAUACAUAUGGUGUACAAAAACCUUAUUCAACAUCUAAUAUAGAUCAUAAAAAGAAAAGAUAA